UUGUAAAAGAGGAAGAGGCAUGAAAAGCACCUGACUGAACACAACAGCAGCAGAGAGUGUGACAGUGUGAGCUGUAGGUAAACUGGGAGUGAUGGGAGCGGCCGGGAUCUCAUGGAGAACAACUAUGACUGUCAUCAUCACAGCAUCACAAAUCCCAGCUCUGAUCAGUGUCAGAACCACAGCCGUGACCGGUGUGGAGGGUCAGACGUUCAACUUCACAUGUGAAUACCCACAGAGCUGGCAGGGCAACGCCAAGUACCUCUGCCGUGAGGACGACAAUGACAAUCACCUGAUACGCACAGAUAGACACAACCAGUGGGAAACAAAGGGACGCUUCUCCCUGUACGACAACACCACUGCAGCCUUCUUCCUGGUCCAAGUGGACAGACUGGUCCCAGAGGACAGUGGGACAUACUGGUGUGGGGUGGACGUCAGCUUACAACCGGAUCAUAUCAGUGUCAUACAGCUGAAUGUCUCUCGGGCAGCAAAGCCUCCAAAAAAUCUGACUCAUCACAUAUCCACAAUACCCACAGACGUCAAAGUGGACAAGCUCAACAUGUCACUGUUCCUGACUGCAGCGAUGUGUGUGGCAGCCAUACUGUUUGUGUGUCUGUUCACACUGUGUCUCCUGUGCGCUGUUAAACACCAGAGAUCAGGCCCACGCCAGAACAGAGAGACAUCAGCGGACUAUGAGACAAUGACGCCUGGUGAGGGAACUGAACCUGAACCCCGCUGCACCUGUUCACCUUCGGACUGUGCUGCUCCCUCAGCUCCACCGCCGCCACCUCCUGACCUCUGCCCCCACUUCACGUCAAAGCACCGGGAAUCCGCUGUCACUCUCGGCGAAUAUGCUGAAGUGGAUGUACGAGGCCACGUCUGCCAGUACCAACAUCUGGAUCUCAGCCAGUUGGAGGAUCAUGUUUAUCACAGGCUCUGUGGUCCCAAAGAUGGACCCAUGCAGAUGAACUUGAGACAGGUGGGAGAUGGGAGGGAUGCUGCGUUGCUUCUCACAUGUUCUAAGUGGUUUCAGAGAUUCUGGAAGACUGAAGCUAUAUCUGUAGAAGGAGAGCUGGGGGGAGACGUCACAAUUCAAUGCUCUCACGUUUUAGCAUCUGACAACGUCAAAUAUUUCUGCAAGGACCCUUGUAAGGAUGAAGACGUCCUAAUAAGAAGCAGCCAAAUCAGUACAGGCAAAUACAGUAUCAUAGAUGAAGGAAGCACGUUCAACGUGACCAUCUCUCGUCUGACAGAGGGCGACGCAGGGAAAUACUGGUGUGGAAUAGACAGAGUUGUUAAGGACACGUACAAAGAAGUCGUCCUCACAGUCUUAAAGGGAAAAACACAGGACCCUGAAGAGGACUUUUCACAAUCAACUGUAGGUGAAGCAUUUACUACAAAUGCAACACUUCCUGCAUUUACUACAAAUGCAACACUUCCUGCAUUUACUACAACUGCAGCACAUCCUAAUAAGUCAGAGUCUGGAGGGAAGCUGGUGUACAUCGGAGCAGGUCUCGGGGGGGUUGUGCUGGCUCUGGCGUUGGUGCUGCUGAUAUUCUUCAAACAUCGAAACAAAGAAAUCAGCACAACCUCUGGAAAGCACCAGAACACUGAGUAUGCAUCGCCGUCCAGUCAGAGUGGAAACGGCCACAGCAGCAGGGACCAAUCAGAUGACUUGUUCUACUCCACUGUGAACUUCAACACACAUCGCCCUGCAGAGGUCACAUACUCCACCAUCACACACAUCCCAACGGAUGAAUCAGACUUGUAUUGUAACCUCUAAACUCAGUUCUGAAUAUGUUCACAGUCAUGUGCAGUAACAAUACGUGCUGUAAAUACCCACCGCUUGCAGAGAUAUAUAUUGUGACAAGGAGAAAAAAAUAUUUAGAAAUGCUUUUUAAUUUAACCACAAUAAAAUAAAAGAUAAUAGAGA